AUGUCAUCUUCCCAAGAACGUUUUUCUUGUGUCUUAGCCUGUACGAAUGAGACGGGAGUUAGUUGCUUCGAUACUUGUUACACGGCGGCAAGUUGGGAGUUUGUUGCACCUGCCACUUUUCCAGUGUGGGUCACAGGACUCUCCUCUGCAAUACUUUUGAUUUUAUCCGCUCUUUUUUCUGGCUUAACGCUGGGUUUAAUGUCACUAGAUGUAAUUGGACUUGAUAUUAUAGCCCAAGCUGGAGACCCAGAUGAGCGUAAAUAUGCAAAAGUCAUUCUUCCAGUACGUUCGAAAGGCAACUUACUUCUUUGCACAUUGCUGCUGGGAAAUACUGCAGUAAACGCAUUCAUAGCAAUUUUAUUAGCUGAUUUAACAGAUGGACCCAUAGGAUUAGUUACUUCAACCUUGGCAAUCGUUAUUUUUGGUGAGAUCGCACCCCAGGCUGCAUGUUCACGCCAUGGUCUUGCUAUUGGGGCACACACAAUCUGGAUUGUUAAAUGCUUCAUUUUUCUACUUUUUCCAUUUGCGUGGCCAAUAUCAAGGCUGCUUGAUAGGAUACUGGGGCGUGAUUUAGGAAAUUUCCAUACUCAGGAUGAGCUGAAGCACUUGGUUAAAAUUCACGUAGAACAUCCGGAUGCUAGAGAGGAUUUUGGUGCCAUAUCUUCCCAUGAUGGCAACAUGCUCACCGGAGCUCUCGAGUACAAAGAAAAACGUGUAUCAGAUGUGAUGACUACCCUGGAUAAAGUUUUUAUGGUUAACGUUCAUACACGACUGACUUUCACUGUACUCAUGAGCAUAUAUAAAAGCGGUUUUACACGUAUCCCAGUUUAUGAGUUCUCUCGUGAUAAUAUUGUUGGAAUUUUGUUUACUAAAGAUUUGAUCCUGAUUGACCCAGAUGAUGAAAUUGAAGUAGCAGCAGUAAUCUCCUUUCAUGGUAAUAGUGAAAGUGGGUACGUACAAACUGUCAGUGACUCCACAACUCUCGAUAAAGUAUUUCUUGAAUUUAAAGCUUCUUAUCUGCACAUGCUUUUUGCAUAUGAUGCUACCGAAUCAGUCGUGGAGGGAAUUGAACAUUCUGAGGUAAUAUCUCCAGCGAAUAUGGAAUCCAAUCACUCAUCCUCGAAAAAGAUUACUGGUAUAAUCACCCUUGAAGAUGUUAUCGAAGCUGUAAUAAAGGAUGAAAUUAUAGAUGAAACCGAUAACUACAUUGAUGUGAAUGAUACCCAAUCGAGAGUGAAGUCUCGCGGAAAUGCAAGACGUCCAAACCCGACAAAUUUUAUGAAAUUAUUUGAACAUAAGCAUCUGGAAGGUUAUGAAAAACGACUGUCCCCGAGUGAGAUAAAUGCCAUUGUUGCCUUUCUUUCUGUGAAUGUUCCAGAGUUCAAGAAAAUUGCAAAAUAUGAGCCCGGAAUUUUGCGCAAGCUAGUGCAAAUGUCAUCGUUAGAGGAACAGGAUGAUGAUUCCUGCGAUGAAUUUGAUGCCAAUGCUUUAGAAAAAACGAAAGAAGCGAAUGAGCUACUUUUUACCCCUGGUAUUCAUUCCAAAAUCGAGUCGGAGUCCCGGCUCAUUUACAGCAAAGGAAUACCAGCUGAUUUUUUCAUACUUGUAUUACAGGGACGUGUUGUAGUUUAUGCUGGCUCCGAUGAUUUCGAAUCAGAUAUUGGACCUUGGUGCUAUCUAGGACAAAAAGCUUUGUCUUUAAAACCGGAAUUUGAAUAUAUUCCAGACUUUCGUGCGUACAGAAAUGGACCUGUCAGAAUUCUACGAAUACGCAGGAGUGAUUAUCUUAGUGCUUUUAAUGCGGCAAAAAUUAGCGCUCUGGGGAUCAGUAAUAAAAUAUAG